AUGGCGGACUCACCACACACUCACGAAGAACCCAUUGAAGAGCAAGACGACGGUAGUUUCGACUAUCUAUUCGAAGACGGUCCUGACGAUGAAGGCGUACCCUCAAAUCCGGAGGGCCUGAACGACAACCAAGAGGGCCCUUCCGACGCAUCGAACGACGUCUCUAACGGAGCAAACAUAUGCAAAGAUCCACAUUUAUCCCCGACCAACAACCAGGAGCAUCAUCCCGAAGCUACGGUAAAUACACCCCGAAUCCGUAGAUCACCGACACAGUCCGAAGACGACGAGUUAGAUAGGCAAAGGAGGGAAAGCCCGGGGCUUAACGACACUUAUGAACCAGUUAGUGAUGAAGCAAUCGCAGUCACAGACCCAUCAGAGCCGCAAGCAGAAACCGAGGAACCCGUCGCCCUUCCUCACGGCGCCGAAGAAGAGAAUCGCGCCAUCUCUGGCCCGGAGAGUGGUCUUGGCUAUACUGAGGUCGAUCCGGAGAGCCCGACGUCGAUUUAUUCACAGGAGUCUGAUGGUGAUAUUUCUCCCCCGAUCGAGAAUCGCCCUAGUUCUGGCCGGGAGAGUCGUCGUAGAAAUUAUGAGGAGGAUCCCGAGAGCCCGAUGUCGAUAUAUUCACAAGAGAGUGAUGGCACUGUCACUCCCCCUGCCGAGACUGGUGAGAGCAGCCCCAUCAUGGCCGAUCCGGAGAGCCCAGCAUCGCCGAAGAACGAGGAACACGAGGGUCCGACGUCCCAGGAAGCACAGGAGGACGAACGUGAUAUCGGUCCAUCCACCAAACGUAGUAAGAGCACUCCGCAGACAGAAGAGGAGCCCGUGCUAGACGCUAACGCCGUCUUCCUCAAGUCACUCGACGAAAAGCGUCGACAAUCGCUCGCAAGGCAGUCCGCUCGGUCCAAACCUACCUGGGCGAUGGACCUGGGCGAGGAAGAUAUCGACACCUACGACCCCCUCCUCCACCUCUUCCGACACAGAGGGCUUUCGGAUUCUGGGCCGCUGUCGACAGAGAUAAUCCCGCUUCCGAAGGAGAAACGGCGUUCUAAUCCGUAUCGAGGAGUCAGCGUGCGUUUCCGACCAUCGUUUGGCUCUGGAAGGAUGAACAGUCCCUUGAGUCAGGUCUUCACGAAAGAACAGAAAGAGGAGUAUGUGGAGAUCGACCAGAACCUUUUCCAGGGGUUUGAUGGUAUUUUCGCAGGGGACGAUGAGUCGACCGCCUUGGUGCCGUAUACAGGACAGCAGCCGUCUGUCGGUGAUGAUGGAGAAGAUACUGUGCAGUCGGCACCUAGCUCGCCGUCUGAAGGCCCAUCCUAUACCCCGCUAACGGAAUUCGAGGGCAGCCAAGAAGACCAUGAGCAGGAAGACCAGGAUAACCGCGAGCGCAGGUUCAAAAAGUAUGAGCGCCACGCAGAAGAAUACCGUCUCCGAUAUCGAAGCAAAAGUAAGCGUCACAUUGAAGCGUCAAAAAAAGAGAAAGAGGGACAAGCGGCAAUCAACGCAAUAUACCGCACGAAGUCACUCUCUGAAUUAAGGGAUGAACGAGAUAAGAGCACCGUCGCCGGUCUCCUUAAUGGAAUGCAUCUCCACGACAUACAUGGACGUUCGGCAUGGCAGCAAGCAUACAUCGAGAUCAUGGGACAAGAACUUCUGCGUCCUGGGCAGGGAGAUAAGUUCAGAGAGGCUCUAACAAGAUUCACUGAAGCGAAUGAACACAAUGCGAUUAUGUACGCGGCUUUCCGCGGAAGGGUUUUGGCUGAGAAGAACAAGGUUUUGGACGAGAAGGACAAAGUUGGAAGGUUGGUGACGGCAUUGGCUGGUAUGGAAGAAGAUCUAAAAAAGAAAAAGGAUGAGCUAGCGACUGCUAAAGACGAGCUAUCAAUAGCUAAAGGGCAGCUAUGGACAGCUAAACUAAGGGAGGAAGACCUCGAACCGAAGGCCGAGGAUUAUGAAGCCGCGGCGGAGAAAGUCAAAACUUUGGAAGCUGAACUAGAAGCAAAGGUGGUUGAGAACGCACUCGAGAAGGCGAGCAAUAAGGCAUUGGCUGAAGAUACCGUAAGGCUAAACGUAGAACUCUGCAAGGCGAAACGAGAGCUUGAGGACUCGAAAAAGGUCGUUGUGGAAAACCAGACCCUGGCUAUAGAGUGCACAAAACAGCUUCAAUCACUGACUGACGAGCUCGAAGAAAAGGAGAAGGAGAUUGCAUUGGCGAAGAAAGGGACUGGCUUGGGCGAUUGCGAAAAGAAGGUAAGAGAUCUGCUGAAGGAGAUUGACGAGCUCAAGGAGCAAUUAGCAGAAGACAAAUGCGAGCUGGAAGUAACGGAAAUUAUAAAAACCGAAGCGUCCGAACGAGAGGAUGUGAUCAAGUUAUUGGAAGAUUUUAACAAGGACCUGGUAGACAAAAUCGAGGCUGCUGCUGUCGUGGAAAAUGUGGAAAAUGAGUUCACGCUUGAGAACUGGAGGAAGGUUGAGGAGAGGUACCGGCAUUUCGGUGCCCGUGAGGCCAGGACGAAUGACCAGCUGAUGGGGAUGACAAAGUCAAGCAAGGAAAUGCGAAUCCGAGUCGCGGCGUUUGCAGAAGCCUUCCAGCGAGCGAAUAGUGCAGUCGUGAAGCGUAAUCAAGGAAUCGAGGACCUGAAGGCCACGAACGAAGAUCUUAGAGAAAAGAUCGCAAGAUAUGAGAAGAAAAUCGAUGGGCUUGAGAAAUUCACUUCGGAGGGUAAGGCAGAGCUUGUCAAAGUAUACGCGGAGUUAAAGGAGCGGACGCACUCUCAAGAAGAGACCGCGAUUCUUAAUGAGCAACUCACUGCAACGUGUGAGGCUCGCAGAGUCGAUCUUGAAGCAAGGCAGAGAGAAUGCGAUCAGUACAAAGACUGGGCUGAAGUCUUUAAUAACAGGUCUAAGACUGACAAUGAAAGCUUCGACAAGCUUAAGAAAGAGAAAAGGGCGCUGGAGAAAGAGCUUGUAAAGUGCAAGAAUGACUACGACGGCGUCGACAUGUCGAGUUUAAUGUUACAAAUCAAAGAACUCGAAGCGGACAACCAAAACCUGCUCAAAGAUCGAAACGACCGGAGUGAUGAGAGGGAUGGACUCCUCCGCGUCAGAGACCUCGAAGAGCAGUAUGGGCUCAAACACAAGCCAUUCGUAAUCUAUCAUCCUCACAGAACCCGGACAAACAUAACCCCUAGCUACAAAUCCAAAGAGGAGACUGAGAAACGGGAGAAGAGGAGACAGGAACGACUUAAGGAGCUUCAGGAGGAACGGCGCCAGGGUGAAGAGGCAAAAUUCAGAAGGCAAUGGCGAGAAGCGCGAGAGCUUUAUCUGAUUAGAAAGAACGGCAGAGAACCGAUCCAGCUCGUGGACACAACUCCACAAAUGAGAACCGGGACUGGGCUGACCCCUAUUUCGUUCGCCUUGAUGGAAGGUUGCCAACAUGAUAACUAA